AGAGUCAACUGGGCCCUCGAGAAGCGAAAAAUACCACCUAAAGACGGACUGAGUUCAGCAAGCUAAGGGUCCGAUCCUCUCAUUCUUCGUAUAAAUAUAUACAGAGACCUGGAUCAUCAUCACAACCCUAAGCAUCUCAAAGAAAUUAAGUGGAGUACUACAGAUAUGGCAUUGCCUAGUGAUAACAUUGAAGACAAAAGUAGAGAAGUAAUGGCUGCUCAGGCACACAUAUGGAAUCAUACAUUCAACUUCAUCAACUCCAUGUCACUCAAAUGUGCUAUUCAACUGGGAAUUCCAGAUAUCAUCCAUAGCCAUGGACGACCCAUGUCGCUCUCGGAUAUAGUCGAUGCCCUCCCCAUCAACAAUAAUAACGCUAGAACCCAGGAUUGUGUUUACCGUCUCAUGCGUAUUUUAAUUCAUGCAGGUUUCUUUAUUCAAGAAGAUGAGGGUUAUCUACUUACUCCGACUUCACGUCUCCUCCUUAAAGAUGAGCCUUUAAGCUUAGCCCCCCUUGUGCAAAUGGAACUAGAUCCAAAUUUGAUGGAUCCAUGGCACUCACUGAGCAAAUGGCUCAAGAAUGGUGACGACUCUAGUUCUCCAUAUGCAACCACUCAUGGCAUGCCGAUUUUUGAAUAUGCAGGAAACGAACCGUGGCUUAACCAUUUAUUUAACGAAGCCAUGGCUAGUGAUGCCCGGUUGGUCAUGAGCGUGCUAACUAAAAGCGGUAAGGGAGUUUUUAAAGGGUUGAAAUCACUGGUGGACGUUGGAGGCGGCACAGGAACCGUAGCUAGAGCCAUUGCCGACGCAUUUCCACAAAUAAAUUGCACUGUCUUAGAUCUUCCGCAUGUAAUUGAAGGGCUUGAAGGAUGCAAGAACCUAAGCUUUGUGGGAGGAGACAUGUUUAAGUCCAUUCCUUCUGCUGAUGCAAUUUUAAUAAAGUGGGUACUACAUAACUGGAGCGACGAAGAGUGUAUCAAAAUAUUGAAGAAAUGUAAAGAAGCAAUUCCAAGUAAGGAGAAUGGAGGAAAGGUGAUCAUCAUAGACAUGGUUUUGAUGGAUCAGAACUUACGGACAAGAGACGACAAGUCAUAUGAAACUCAACUUUUCUUUGACAUGCUUAUGAUGGUUGCUGUUUCCGGAAAACAAAGAAGUCAACAAGAUUGGGCCAAUCUCUUUUCUCACGCUGGUUUUAGUGACUACAACAUUAUUCCUAUACUAGGAUUAAGAUCUGUGAUUGAGGUUUAUCCUUAAAUCCAAUGUUGUGACUAAGAUCCUUUUUUUAAGCAAUAAGGUAAUUUGCCAGUAGUAAUAAAAGCCUGUUAUCCGGCCAA